AUGUCCCGCCUAGAAUUACGCUGCCAAGGGGAAUCGGAUUGGUGGCUAGAUGGGCCUUAUGGGUCAGUCAAAUUUGCUUCCGAAGGAGCUGUAGACUCGUUCGUCCGAACCAUGUCCGAAGGCCCUGAUGCUUUGAAAGACCAUCUGAUUUCUGGCGCUGUGUUUUCGUGCACAAAGUCCGGAAACGUCGAUGCAGCAGAGAUAUUUUCCGCUUUAUGGCUCGAAUCAUCGAACGGGUUUACUGUUGCUGGCGCCAGACGUUGGUUGACUGGAGUUGCUCAUCCGGAAAGUGUUACCUGCUAUGUCAAAGCAAAUUCACCUCGUGCGGCCAAACCCAUAGACAAAUCCGGCCCUCCUCCUCCGCCUGAGCGUAGACAAUCAAGCUGCGACACGCUCAAAUCAAUAGUAGAUGAUCCGAAACUAUUUGAAGCAGCCAUCCAAGCAUUAAGACAGCACAGAGCCAAAACCAAAGACAGUUCGUCUUCCAAUCUGAAACCCCAAGAUUCCCGUGAUAUAGAUGCCACAUACAUUCUCACCUGGUGGAAUCAAACAGGUGGUGAUCUUCUCACUCUUUACGAUGCUCAAGUGCAUCCGUCCUGGAUCUUGUCUGUAAAGGCUAUGCCAGACAAACAUUUCCGUACUGGUUCAACGAUUCUAGCAUGGUUCUUUAGCAAUGGGGCCUUGGCACAGGGCGUGAUGGAUGGAUACUGUAUUUGGUAUGCACCCAGUGGCUCCUGGUUCGGUGUCAACAUCCAUUGUCCCGUGCAGUUCCUUGGUAUUGGCACUGCCCCUUAUUACGAGGUCGCUUGGUCCGAGUGGGGGAAGGAGACGUUUUUUAAACCAGUUGACGAGCCUUUUAUGUCUUUUGAUUUUCUUCGCUCUCUUGGAUAUGAUAUUCAGAUCAAGCCUCAGAGUGGACACUCCAGCAUCAUUGUUGAUGUGAUCGUUAGCAAGAUUCCAUAA